UAAUAGUGAAAAAAGACGUGUACAUACAUGCAUUUAUACAUGAAUGUUUGAAAAAAACCCACCAGCAAUUUGCUUAAAGAGGAAGAAAAGUUGUACAAACAAGCAAGCAAGAGAAAAAAAACAUAUUUGGCAAAAUAAAAAUAAAAAGAAUAAUAUUUGUACUUAAAAGAUAACAAUUUUUCGCCACAUAACCCUUGCGCUCCUCGUUGCUCGUGUAUUUCUUUUCAUGAGUGUAGUGUUUAUAUGAUUGGCGUAAAAAAGCAGUUUAAACCGAAUUUAUCAGGGCUAACGAAAGCGAAAAUUCCAUCUUGCCUGCAAUAACACCACUCCACCACCCGUCUAAAUUUUACUGCGGUAUUUUUUUUUAUACCGUUUCAAUUGCAGAUUGGUGAACAGGAAAAAACAAUAGUAUACUGUUAAAAAAAAUUAAAAAUUAUACUAAAUAAAAAAUCGAUCUUAUAUUUCAAAAAUAUUUUUUAUUACGUGCACCUUUUUGUGCUGUGCUGCUUGAAGAAUAAGUGAAAAAACGCGAAGCAUAUAAUUUUGCGUGUAAUACAUAAUGGCUGACCAACUUACAGAAGAACAAAUCGCUGAAUUCAAAGAGGCAUUCUCGCUCUUCGAUAAGGAUGGUGAUGGCACCAUCACGACAAAAGAAUUGGGCACAGUGAUGCGAUCACUGGGACAAAAUCCAACAGAAGCCGAACUGCAAGACAUGAUAAAUGAAGUCGAUGCUGACGGCAAUGGCACCAUUGACUUUCCCGAGUUCUUGACAAUGAUGGCUCGCAAAAUGAAGGAUACCGAUAGUGAAGAAGAGAUCCGAGAAGCCUUUAGAGUAUUCGAUAAGGAUGGCAAUGGCUUCAUUUCAGCGGCUGAAUUGCGUCACGUCAUGACAAACUUGGGUGAAAAGUUAACAGACGAAGAAGUGGAUGAAAUGAUCCGAGAGGCUGAUAUCGAUGGUGACGGUCAGGUCAAUUAUGAAGAAUUCGUGACUAUGAUGACAUCGAAGUGAGCAGAUAAAUUACUUGUUUUUAAGCCUUUCUAUGUUUUUAAGAUGUUGACGAAGACUGUAGCUGUGCGCCACAACAUCGCGCGACGCUGUUGCUAUGGAAACCAUUAAAUAAAUAAAUAUAUAAAAAGAAAAUACAAAAAUACAAAAAAUAAAAGAAUAUAUAAAAUCUUGAGAAAAAGGGAGAAUUAAAUUUAUAAAUAAACAUUAAAAAUAAAGAAAACAAAAAACAGAAUACAUUAUAAUAAAUUACACUUUAAUAUAUUUAAAAUAAAGAUAAAAACAAAACAAAAAACCAACUUACAACAACUCAAUGUAAUAAUGAGAAGGAUAAAGACAUACACAUAUAUUUACAUAUACAUACUUAAAUAAAAUUACACAUUUCCAUUCUUACACGCACAUACACACACAUAAACAUUUAGCACACACACUCAAUCAAAAACUGCAACACAUACAUACAAAUAUACAACAUAAAAUUUUUUUCCUCUUUUAUUCAUAUUUUACGAAUAUUAAACACCAACAACAAACAACAGCAAGUAGUACAUAUACAUACAUACCUACAUAUGUAGUUAAAUAUAUUGUAUGCAAAAGCCGCAUGUAUUUGGUCAAUCGGUCGGUCGGUCGGUCGGUGGGUCGGUUGGGUUAUUUGUAACAAAUAGCGCUGACCUGACCCCCCGCCGCCACCACCACUACACGCGCAUAGCGUUGUACUAAUUGAUGAAUUGUGUUUAGAAAGGAAAUAUCGAAAUGAAAUUUAAAUAAAAGAAAAUUUAAAAAAAAAAAAAAAAAACUGUUUGCUAAUAAUUACUUACACUUGCAUAUACACGCGCACACAUACAUUUGUACAUGGUACACAUUUAAACUUUAUGGUUAUGAUGUUGAAAUACAUAUAUAGUAAAUACUGUAAAGCAUAAUGGCAUGCAUGCAUAACAACAACAGCAACCAUAUAAAUAAACACACACACAACAUACACGCUCACACACGAACAAAAAUGCAUUGAGAAAUUGAGUAAAGGCAGGCGAGUUAAAAGCAGAGAAUGAGUAAACGGGAAAAAAGAAUUAUGCUUAAGAGAGAGUAUUUAAACUUUAAAAUAUAUAUUCCAAUAAAGACACACAAAAGCGAAGCAGCAAAGCAAGAAAAAAUAAUAAAAAUUUAAUAAAAAAAAUUAAAAAAAGAAAGCAAAAAAUCGCUAAGCAAAUGCAAAUAAGCAACAGUUAUUAAACACAUACGUACAUAAAUGAAUUACAAACAGAAAACAAAAGCAGAAAACCAAGAAGUAAAGAUAACAAAAAAAAAAAAAGAAACAAAAAACAAAAAAAAUUAUUAGCUAUGGAUUUAGUAAUAAUAAUGUAAAAUCAAUCGAUCAAUCAACCGCAACAAUGACAGGCAUAAAAUACAAAUACAAACACUACACAACAUACCUAACAACAACAUCAACACAACAAACAAACAGACAAAGAGACAAACAAACCCAAAAACAAAGUCUUAUUAAAUUGUAUUUAAAACAAAGGUUAAAUAAAAUUAAAAGAAGAAAAGAAAAAAACAGAAAAGCUAUAAAACAAGCAAUGAAUUGAAUGCUGCAUAAAAGCAGGAAAAAUCAAAAGAAAGUAAGAUAUGUAAAGGCAAAGCGGGACAGACAGAAGUUUAUUUCCAUGUGUUUGUUGUGUAGCAGAGUUCAGCAUAUGUGUGCUGCUGUAGAGUAUUUGUGUUGUAUUGCAAGUGUAUGAACGAACAACAGUAGACAAAAAAAAAAAA